AUGAGGCAAGCUGGGAGAUACUCAGGGAUGCUCUGUGGUGGUUUAUCAGGGAGAAGCGGGCCUCACUCGUUGCCUUUGGCAAGGAUCAAGAAGAUCAUGAAGAAAUCUGGAGAUGAUGUGAAGAUGAUAUCUGGGGAGGCACCAAUUGUGUUCUCAAAGGCAUGUGAACUCUUCAUUGAAGAGCUAACACAAAGGUCUUGGAUGGUGACCAUGCAAGGUAAGAGGAGGACUCUUCAUAAAGAUGAUGUUGCCUCUGCUGUUAUAGCUACUGAUAUCUUUGACUUUCUUGUUAACUUGGUGGAUAAUAAUUCCAGCAACUCCAUGGAUAACCCUGAGGAUAUCAGCUCAUAAUUCAUGCAGCAUAUGCAUAUU